AUGAGACAUAUCACAUGUAACGAACUACUUAACAAACAACAAUACGCCUACCAACCAGGACGGUCUACUACUGAUGCAGCUCGUGACGUCAUUUCGCGUGUACUAUCACACCUCGAGGACAGGCGACAGGUCGCAGCUAUCUUCUGCGACCUGUCCCGCGCCUUCGAAAUGAUAGACCACUCUCUUUUAUUGAAAAAGCUGACUAGAUACGGUUUCAAAGGAAAAUUUCAUAGCACCAUUGCCUCAUUCCUAAAAAACCGUAAACAAACUACCUACGUCCUUAACAUGAGAUCUGACUUGGAAUUCAUAGGAGAUUGCGCUGUACCACAGGGCUCGAGCAUGGGAAACAAUCUCUUUCUCAUGCUCGUAAAUGAUAUAACCGCAGCAUCUCCCGAACUAGAAUACGUAAUAUAUGCUGAUGAUACGUGUAUAAUAGUAAAAGCUGACAAUUCCAGUAGCCUCGAAUUGAAAAUUAAUACAGCAAUGGUUGAAAUUAGUAAAUGGUUUUCGGCGAACGGAAUGCUUCUAAAUUUAGAUAAAACAAACGUUAUUCAUUUUCAGCUACGGAAUACCAAAAAUAGUCACUUAAAUAUUAAAGUUAAUAAUAUCAUAGUUCCACAGGUAGAGCAAAUUAAGUACUUGGGAUAUGUCAUUGACUCAGGGCUAACGUGGUCCUCUCACAUAGACGAACUUUGUAACUCACUUUCGUCAGCAUGUUUCGCCCUGUCCAGACUCGCGCCAAGCCUAUCUCCAACGAACCUAAAAAAGGCCUACUACGGAUACUUUCACUCCAUCCUUAUCCGCGGUGUAGAUCUCUGGGGUCUUGCCGCGAACCGCGACAGGGUGUUCAAAAUACAAAAACGAGCGUUACGGAUAAUCUCCCACAAACCUUUUGAUCACCCCGCCAAGGGACUAUUCAUCUCCCAAAAGAUACUAACACUACCCGCGGUUUAUAUAUUGGAAGCAUGCAAAUAUGUUAGAGCAAACCUUGUAAACUACACAAAGACUUGCACUCGCUCCGAAAAUAGCCGUAGGUUGCCCAUGCUAGUUGCUCCUAUCCAAAAACUCGCGAAAGUUCGAAAGUCUCUCAGUGUAAUCGGGCCCAAAAUAUAUAAUAAAAUUCCUCAUGAUAUUACAGCUUUAAGUAAGGAUUCAUUAUUUGUAAAAAAACUUAAAUGUCUACUCCUAAAUCAAGCAUGUUACACUGUCGAGGACUUUAUGAAAUAAUGUAAUUGAAUAAUAUAUAAUGUAUUUAUGAAGUAAUGUAUUUGAAUGUAUUGUAAUUGUAAUUAUAGCUUGCAAAAUUAUGAGUUGAACAAAAGUAAAUUUGACCUAAAUAUUUUUCUUAUAAUUAGUUAAUGGAUAAUGUAAUUUUAGUAUCUUACCAUGUACCUUUAACAUGUAGUACCUAUAAUUUCUGUGAUAACCUGCCUUGACCUGUAAAAUGUUUUACUUUUACCAAUA